AUGGCUGACAUGACAACAUUGAUAGUUAUCAGUUCCUUUAUCAUGUUCCCAGCUGUGAUGAUGGCACAGGAAGUUGUAAACCAUGGAGGUAAUGACUAAUGACAUCAGGACCAAAAUUUUAUUGCGCACCUGUUUGUAGGCAUUACGUUUAAGCACCCUGUUGUUGUUUAAUAUACAGAAAGCUGUCAAAAAAUCAUUCUGAAGUAAAAGAAAAAAAAAAUGAAAUAGUGAUUUUUACACAAAAAAUGUGCGAUCAAGACUUCAAAACCAGCCAAACGCCUUCGUUCAAGACUGAUCCUCUGUUUUACUUUCUUAAGAGAUUUUAAAUGAAUUUGUAUCUUAGAAAAUCGUGCUAUUAUUAUUAUUAUUAUUAUUAUCAACAUCAUCUUCAUUUUGUUAUUGUUAUAAAAUUAUAAUUAUUCCUGUUCCUAUCCUACCGUGGCGAAGGUUUAUAAUAGGGAGCUUAUAAAGCAACAACGACGGCGACGAUUACAAAAACGUCAAUAUUGAUAUCUGUAUUGUACUCUGGUUAUUGACCUGAUUGGUUAAUUAAGUCUCGAUGUGAUUGGUCUUGUGUCAGUUAAGCCGUGUUGUUAUUGGCUAUGAAGACUCGAGUUGUUUCGAUCGGUCUUUUGUCACAGUUUAACAGCGACGAUCCAGCGACAAGAAAUGGAGAUGUCAACAAUCACACUUCUUAUUGCUGAACAUACACCAUUUCCAGACGAAACAUUAAAUCGACCGGGCCUCUGCAACAAGUAUUACGCAUUCUACAGACUACCAUAACUAGCAGCGGUGGCGAAUGGUUCCGGGGGGUACUCCCAUACAUUACCUAUACGGGUAUGUGCCGCCCAACGGGGUCGUGAUUUUGAAGCUCCUGAUUUAGAACGGGGUAUCCAUUUCAGAGGCGUUUUCUAGAAGGAGGUAUAAAAACUUGUGGAUCACGGCUUUAUCUUCUGCUUAAAAUUGUUGCUGAUUAUAAUGAAGCAUUUAUAUGAUGUAUAAGUCGAAAAAAUAAAGAAAUAUCUUUUUUAAAAAAACAGGGCUAUUUCAAUUUAUAAACUCUCUAGAACGGAGUAUAAAAAAUUGGCCCAUUUCUAGAAUGGGGUAUCAGUUUUAGGGGAAAUUAUUUUUUAGAACGGGGUGCCAAUUUGGAUUCCCGGGCGGCACAUACCCACCCAAAAAAUACCCAAGUGCCCCCCCCCGGGCGAAUGGUACCUCGAAAAACGUGGGUCUCGGAAAAUUUUAACAGGAUCCCGAAAUCUCGGAAGCCUUUUUGAUAAGUCUCGAAGUCUCGUUUUUGUAUGGUUUGUUUUCACUUUUUUUGAGUCUCGAAACUUUUUACCAAAGAGUCUCGGGCUCGGAUUUCUAACUAGGGUCUCGGCGUCUCGGCGAGUCUCGGAUUUUACCAUUCGCCACCCCUACUAGUACUCAUCUUAGAAAGCUGGCUUACUAAAUUAGACCAUGCCCAAAAGCCACUGGAAUGGCAGUCAACGGGCACGGUACAAACGACUUAUGGCGGACUCAAGCAAAACUGACAAAAACAGAAGUGACUUUAUAAGCAAGAGACAAUUUGACUAACAAUAAACGACUGCAGGAGCCCAUCAAACGGAGCCUCCAUCUCCCAUACAAGCCCUUGGAGUCAACCCUUUCCCGAGUAGAUUUAUAAUUAGAACGGUUCCCAGGGGAGACUCGCGCGCCGACGGUGGGAAGAGCCAAUCACAACGACGAAAUGACACUGCUAUUGUACUUCAUCAAACAACAGGAAAUUCGGUGUUGACAGGCCAAACACAAUCAUAAGCUAGUGAAACCUGACUUUAGCGUUUUCAUCCCUCAGAGAUUUUCUUUCUUUUCCUUUUAGCCGGUAGAUUAUACUGUGGAGAGUUUUAAACUCUGACUAUGUUAAUCUUAGUUUUGACUGCUUGUCUCACAUUAAGAGACCAUAAAGCUGGUCUGUUAGAUGCAUAAUGAUUGACUACUACCUGCAGUCUGUAGUUCUGACAGGAUUCGUUUUCUUUAGCCAAUUUUUUAAGCGUUACGUUAAGGUUAUUAUUUCGGCUAAAUGACUCAAUAUUAAUCAAAUUUCUAGUUUUUCAAGGUUUUUUUUCCCGAAAUCUGUUUAUCUGAAAAAAUACUGGUAGUCCUUGUGGUUGUUUUGUCUGUCAGCUAGUGGGAUGAUUCCCUGCUAUGUUUUGUAACGCCGGGCCCAGCCAUUGUUUUCUCACAAAAAAGUGAUCUACAGAUGCGAAUUCGAAGGAAAGAAUUGAGCCUGAACGUCUACAUUAACUGCUGAGAAUUGUCCUGUCAGUCAAUCAUAAUUAUUUUGUCGCAGAUACAAUCCGUUUUGUUUUUCUUGAGCCAAGUGGGUCUUUGGACUACAGCGCAAUGUCACAAAUUCCUCCGUUAGCAAAUUACUUUUGAGUUAGCUUCACGGUCGAGCAACUGUUCUCUUCUGUUCAACGUUUCAAGUGCCAGUUUUAUAAGGCAACUCUCAUGGUGAUGCGAGUCAGUUGUAGAGGAAGACUGCAAUUUCUGAAAUUUCGGAAAUAAAGCAAUCCUCGUUAGUUACUACUUAGGUCAUCGCUUUUGCACGCGUUGCUUAACUGGCGAAAUCCACUCCACGGUGAUGACAAAAAUCAAAUCAUGAUCCUGGCACUUUUUCGGCGCUGAUCGUCGAAAAGUUCCAAAUCGUCCACAGAAUGCUUAAUCGUCGACUCUUUUCGAAGUGCAUGCGUACAUGUUAAAUGUAUAACGACAAAUAAAAACACUCGCAAAGAUAACCUUUCAGUGAUCCUCAGUUCGCUGCCUUUGUCUCAUCGCUUCUUGCUCAGUCUCAGUCGGGUAAUUCAUUAACUUUUAUUUCAUGAUACCCAGAUCCCAGCGGCUGUAAAAUCAUAAAAAUGGACGUAUAGUAAAAAGGAAAACGGUCGAAGGAUGGGCUUUCGAGUUCGACUUCAUCCAACUUCAUUUUUCUGACGGUGACAUACGAGACUCACGGAAAUAUGACACUUUUCGCGGGAAACAAGCCGUUCUAUUUAUAAAUCUACUCGGGAAAGGGUUGACUCAAGAAAUUAAUGGAGAUGGAGGCUCCAUUUGAUGGGCUCCUGACGACUGUAACAACAAACGACUUUGACUAUGAAGAUGACUACCCGACACAGUCCUACCUACUUAUGCAUUUAUAUUUACUGUUCAUUUAUUGUUUUGCUGUUUCGCAGUUUGUCCCGUUCCGAUGAAUAAAGAAGAAGAGGAGAUAAUUAAAGAGCAGGAAAGAAACAGAGAAGAAAUGGAAGAGAUCAUGAGAGAGAUUGAAAUCAGUUGUUUAGGUGAGUGAUAAAAAACCAUGGGAUGAAUAAUUAAGUACAAGUAAAAAUAACUUAAGGAAGGUUGGGGUCGUUUUUGUUAUACAAAGAACAAUGUAAAUUAUGCAUUUCUGAACCCGUUCUCUUCAUUGGAAGCGUUGUCGCUCAUGGGACGAAAAAAUCCCGCGCGGAUACCCUGCGGGGUGGGGGACGUACUCCGGAUUUCAAGGAACAGAUCCUUAGAGCUUUUGUUCCAACGCCUACUCUCCAUUGUAUAUACAACGCUCCUCAUUCAAUCUCAAUUCGAUUAUAGUGAGGAUAUUUAUCCUCUAAAUUGUUAAACGAUGUGAAACGCGCUACUCCCUAAGGGACUCUGUUAACAAACUGAGUGGGAACUAACUUCAUGAAGAACAGCUUCAGUUAUAGCGGAGAAGUGAUAUGAAAGGGCCAAAUUUUCAACAAUACCAAUUAACUGCAGUGUAAGCACACGUACCAUCACUGCGUUAUGGCCAGUACCUUACGUAUGCGCACAACCAUAUCACCCGAGCAGUGGCAGCCAUGGACAGCUGGUUAGCCCUUACUGGAGCUCAUCAGCUUGGCAUAGCCGUUGGAUCAAUUAGCGGGGGGUACUGCCUAGGCGAGUGCAAGCACUGCUUUAAUCGUAAGCUCCACCGUAAACACGUGGUAGUUGUUGGUGGGGAACUGCAAAACAGUUCUCCCACGGCAUGCGUAUGGAGAUGGUAUCAGAAAAAUUGACCUGUGUGCCCAAAUAAAUUUGAAACCAAGUAACUGCACCGAAGCACACGUGCCAACUCCGCGGUGUGGCCAGUACUUUACGCAUGCGCACAACCAUGAGCCCUAAUAAGGGCGAAACAGCUGUCCAUGGCUGCCACUGCUGGGGUGAUAUGGUUGUGCGCAUGCCUAAGGUACUGGCCGUACUUCGGAGUUGGUACGUGUGCUUCGGUGCAGUUAAUUGGUAUUGUUUCUAAAUCUUUCAGUCAAUUUAAACGAUUGGCUCAUCUGAAUUUCUGACUUUUAAGUACUGUGUACACGGCAUUCAUGAAAAGCAGGUCUUAGUUAGAUUAGUUAUGGUUUUGCAUGUUGUUUAGGGUACUUAGGUUUAUUUAAGAUUUUUUAUACUCCUGAUGAAUUUUACCGGGUUUAAAUAAAGAAUUAUUCUUUACUCUUCCUAUCAGUUGAAAUCAGGAGUACCCACCCCCCCCUGGCGAGGAUGCAAAACCGAAAGUCACUGGACAGUGUACAGGGGAACUCAACAGGAAAUUUUAAAACAACAACAAAGCAUAAAUAAAGCUUUCUGAAGCCAUUUUAAGCAUUUUGAGAGAUUGCUACUAAAAAUUAAUCUGUUCCUCACUCCCUGGAAGACUGAUGGAAGAGUUCCCAGCCGGCAGGGUGCACCUAUAACCUACAACCUGACUUACUGGAAGUUUCCCAGGAGGCGUAUGUCCAGACAUUACUGGCCAGUUGUGGUGUGGUCAUAGGGCAAAGUUCACCCCUCAGUAGUGGGGGUGGGGGGGAGGGGUUUGGGGGAGGGGUUUCUGAUGCAUAACACAUAGUAACUAUUCUAAACAUCAAAUCCCCUCAGACACAUUUUUUUCUUAGCAUCACUUUCCUUCCAGGGACAUAUUAUUUCUUCCACAUCUCCCAGCCAGCAAAAAUUGGCCUGAAGAACAGAUAUUUUGAGGAACAGAUCCUUUGGGUGCCCCUGAGUGUAGCCUAGCAGCACUAUACGAUGCGUCCUUAGGAGUGCAAAGUUUCUUGAUUGAAGUUUUGAGACUAACGUUCCAAGUCCUUUAACAAACUUCUUUAGCAAAUCACGCCGUGGUUGGUGACAUUGAACGAAGGGUAUUCAUAGAUUAUAAUAAUUUGAACUGAAUUGAACUGUUGCAAAUAAAUAAUUUAAACAACUCUUGAUCGGCUGAAAGGUGAAGGUGGAUUACUUUACGUCAAGUAAAUUCUUAUACCUAACUUCCAUUCGUUGAUUUGUAGAUGAGUGUAAAACAGGACAGCAUAACUGCCACGAUGAUGCGUACUGCACCAACACCAAGCGUUCCUUCACUUGUACUUGUAAGCCAGGAUAUACUGGGGAUGGUGUUAACUGUGCAGGUAGUAAACCAUACGAAGCUUAAACUAACAGGAUUUCAUCUUUAGUUUUAUGCUAUUCCAUACCAUAAAGAUUAGAGCCAAUCAGAAAGCUAGAAACCGGUUUCAUAUUUAGUCAAUGGUAUGUUACAGAUCGGUAGUUUCUACCUGUUGUGGACGGGUUCAAUCACAAAAUGACGUAAUACAAAAGAUUAAAAAGACAGUGUACAAUAUCUACACCACAUACAAUAGCUAACCAACAAUAGUUCCCCCAUCACCAAGAAACACCCCACAGGUCGUAUCCAUGAAAAAUGUCUGGUGUUAAUUGCAGCCUUCAGAUUCCCCGUAGCCUGCGAACAGGCUCACAUAUGCGAUUUCGAGGGAAAUUUGGGCGUGCACAUUUCCAAGCCCUUUUAUUCUCGCCGGCUUUGUCUGCUCGAACCGCCAAAAUUUUCCUUUUCGCGGGCUAAAUUCCCCCAGCGAAAGCUUUCCAAGUGUGCAACAUCUAAAUUGGUUUAUCAUUUGUAUUUUUUAGUUAUUUGGCAUUCAAUCUAACUUCCUUUUUUGUUUUGUCCACUACAAAAGUUCAUCAUUCUAUAAAAAUAUGAUAUAUAUCUAUCCUCAUUGGAUAGAAUCGACACAAAAAUCGAACCUGAUUGAUAAUUCAGCAUUAACUAUUGAUUUGCAGACAUAAAGGAGUGUGAGACUGGAAACAACCAAUGUGACCCCGAUACUUCAGUCUGCGAUAACACUAAAGGAUCAUACAAGUGUGUUUGCAAGUCGGGUUUUUCCAAAAGUGGACAUGAACAUAAAUGUACAGGUAAAUAUACCACCGAGCACUUCAAGAUAUGCUAAUUAAAAUGGAUACUUUAAAAAUGUCUUCUUCUUUUGUCGAAUUUAAGUGGGGUGAAUCAGGUUGAAAUUAUAAAAGCGUCGUCAAAAUAGGAACAUAUACGGCAUAUCAUGACGCUUAACAGAUCUACAGUUUGAUAAUUCAGCAUUAAUUCUUAAUUUUCAGAUAUAAACGAGUGUGAGACAGGAAAACACAACUGUAACGCCACCAGUUCAUUGUGCCAAAACACUAAAGGAUCAUUUAAGUGUGUUUGCAGGGAAGGGUAUUCCAGAAGUGGACCUGAACAGAAUUGUACAGGUAAAUAUACUACCGAGCACUUCAAGAUAUGUUAAUUGAAAUGGGUACUUAAAUAUAUCUUCUUAUUUUCAAUUUUCCUUUUCGCGGGCUAAAUUCCCCCAGCGAAAGCUUUCCAGGUGUGCAACAUGUAAAUUGGUUUACCAUUUGUAUUUUUUAGUUAUUUGUCAUUCAAUCUAACUUCCUUUUUUGUUUUGUCCACUACAAAAAUUUAUCAUUCUUUUGACUAUAAAAAUAUGAUAUAUAUCUAUCCUCAUUGGAUAGAAUCGACACAAAAAUCGAACCCGAUUGAUAAUUCAGCAUUAACUAUUGAUUUGCAGACAUAAACGAGUGUGAAACUGGAAACAACCAAUGUGACCCCGAUACUUCACUGUGCGUUAACUCUAAAGGAUCUUACAAGUGUGUCUGCCUGUCGGGUUUUUCCAAAAGUGGACAUGAACAUAAAUGUACAGGUAAAUAUACCACCGAGCACUUCAAGAUAUCAAUUGAUCUGCAGUUUGAUAAUCCAGCGUUAAUUCUUAAUUUUCAGACAUAAACGAGUGCGAGACAGGAAAACACAACUGUAACGCCACCAGUUCAUUGUGCCAAAACACUAAAGGAUCAUUUAGGUGCGAUUGCAGGGAAGGGUAUUCCGAAAGUGCACCUGAACAUAAUUGUACAGGUAAAUAUACUACCGAGCACUUCAAGAUAUGUUAAUUGAAAUGGGUACUUAAAUAUAUCUUCUCCUUUUCAGGCACGGAUUUACGUGAAACAGGUUUAACAGAAAUUGUGUAAUUCAUCAAAAACUCUCGUUUUUUUUCUUAGUUUGUCCAUUUUUUCCUUUUGCUUUGCUUUGAAAAUAGAGAUUGAAUUAAAGAGAUCGGAACUAACUACUUGAAGAGGGCAAAAGAGUGACGCACUCGCUCGAGGGUCAUGCGCACUGUCCUUCAUGAACUGGAAUGAACGACAGAAUGACGCAUUGUCGAUGUUUUUUUUACAGAGUCGUCAACUUGCAAGGACAUUUAUGAUACGACUUUGUGAGUACAGCAUAAGUGAUUACUAUGGUGUUAGCAACAUAUUGUACUACUUUUUUCGUCUCGAUAUAACACACAACUUUUCUCAUAUCAUAGUAAGAACCAGUUUCUUCAGGUUCGGACUUUAGACAAGGGCUUUCUUUGCGUACGAUGUAACCCCCAAUUAACUGUUUUUAAAAGCUUCUUCAUGUGGAGCACUAUGUCAGUUAGUGUUAUCUGGAAAAGGUGACUCCAAUGGUUUUUACUAGCAGCAAAACCUCCCAAGUUUGAGCUUUAAUUACAUUUUGCAGGCAAAGAUCUCGGAAAAAUGAAAUCAUGGCUUUGAUAGACAUAGAGGAAAUCUUGCUAGGACCAGUGUCAAUACCAAAUUUGAAAAGAAAUUUAUCGAACAGUUUCGCAGUUGUUAUCGCGUUUACAGAUGUAUGACACCACAAACAAAAGAGCACAACACAAACAAAUAAAACAAAUAAAUUAGAAAGACGGAAGUAAACAGGAAACGCAAAGAGCCUGAGUUCUCGCAAGCCGCCAUGUUUAGUAUUUAUGAUACAGAUGCAAUGUACAGCACAGAAGUAAGGCGAUUAAUUGAACAUUAUUUUCACCAUGGAUUUCAAAACCGCGUUGUUGUUGAUUGCGUUAAUAUUCGACAAGCAGUCACAAUGAAUCCUUCAACUUUGAAACGACGGCUUCGUGACUACGGUCUUAGCAGACGUAGCGUGGACGUUAGCGAUCAGUUACAGAACAGUGUGGCACUCACUAGCUAAGAUUGAAUCAUCACAUCCAUGUGCCAAGCGAAAGGGUUGCCAAUAUUCUUCGUGAGCUAAAUCCAGCUGGAACAAGAGAGAGCAGUCUGACACAGAAGGGCACGUACAAAAUCCUUUGGUUGGAAGUUGAAAGGUCAAAUAACAGGCCUGAGGUCCCUUCAAUGUGUAAAAGAAAAUGCUGGUUGUCCACGCCUUGGGAGAAUUGAUCGUGGCACCGAAAAUGGAACUUUCGCAGCGUGUACAUUUACUUCAGACGAGAAGGCGAAGGUCUCGCUCAUCUCUGCACAUUUCUUCUACCACCGGCAGGGAGAAGUGAGAAAAAAAUUCACUGGUGCUCAUUUCUUAAUUCUCAGAACUUGUCUUUUGCAUUUAUGAUUAUAUUGUAAUGAUAAAUGUGAAGCAGAUCGCACGCUUGAAAGUAUAUUUAGAAAAAUAAAAUAACUCAGGAGGAAGAAAAAGGGCGAUAUACUAUGACUUUACUAUGCCCCGUUUUAACACGGUGAAAUAAGGGAAACUCUCUCUGAAAUAACUGGGACCUUUCGUGUGGUCUAGGCUAACAAAAGAGGAAAGUGACAAGAACAGCUUGGGUGUUUUUAAACGUUGUAUAAAGAAAAGAUUUAGCAAAUUUAAUUUCAGGUGGCGGAUGUAAAAACUGUCUUUUUUGCAAUAGUUGAAUUAAUCACUUGUGCUGCUUUAGUUUAAUUAUUAUUAAUAUUAAUUGUUAUAUGUUACUACAACCAGUAUCUUUGUAAGUACCUUUGUAUCACCUUUAAAUCUUAUUGUACAAACUUAUUUUACUAUAAGCAACGCCUUCCAAACUAAAAUGUGGCCUCCCAAUUUGGGAAAAUUCAGAAGAGUAUUGGUAUUUGAUGCUGAAAACGUUUGUGUUUCUGAAAGGUUUUCGCUAAUUAAAAGGAGAAAAAAAAGUGUUCAGUUGUGUCCACAAGAAGCAACACAUCCAGUUUUCCAAUUCCACCAAAUUGUGCAAUUUUAUGUGAAAGAGAGCGUACACCCAUUGCGCUUUCUUUCUUGGAGAGAUUCAGAAUUUCUGAUCCCCCGGCCCAUAGCUUAACAGAACAAAACAGUAAUCUAUUUUUAAUUCCAAAAGGAGUCAGAAUUUUUGAUCCCCCAAGCAACUUAAAAGAGAAACAGCGUUAAAUCACAUCAUACAUCAAGCUCUUGAAGCUAACAUCUGCGAGAUAGAAGAAAAUAAAUAAUAAACAAUAGUAGUAAUAAUCCUAAAAGAAAAGAAAUAGAAAAUAGAAGAAAACAAAAAAUAAUAGGAAAUACAGAACUAUAACAAAAAUAAUUUAACUGGUUUAUUACUUGCAUUAUUAUAUUUGUUCAAACGAAAUUUGCCGCACUUUGAAUUUGUAGCGAUUUAUUCUGUACAAGGUGCCAAGAUACAUGUAUCUAUCUGGGAAAUGAAAGGAGGUACAUAUACACUGACGAGAUAUCCGAAGAAUUGUUUUACCCAAACUUAUAGAGAUUUGUAUGGAGACGCCAUGCUGGUGCUCACCUCGAUGAGCUCCAACAUGGCGGACGGAAACCAACAGAAACAUCUGUUACCGAGUUUUGCUACAAAAGCGUGAAUAUAUUCUUCAAGAUUCUCAUAAACAUUAAAGUAGUACUUUUUCUAAUACAUGAACUGUUUAAAUAGCAAAAUUUCCUGAAAUAAGUCAUUUUUUUAACCUACAUGACAGCUCUCUUGGUUGUCAUGAAAAUGCCGCGUCACCGGCAAAAGCUUAGAAAUUCAAGCGUACUCUAUCAUAAAACCAAGAACCCUUUUGAAGCGAAAAUUUGUAUGAACAUUAGUUUUCAGCUGCCCUAAUGCAUCGUGAAAGAAAAAUUCCGGUAGGAUCGAUAUUUUUUCAGUUUGAAUUUUGUGACGUCAUGUGAAAACCAACAAUAGAAGUAUGACAUUACUUUUAUGAAAAAUUAAAGAUUGGAAUAAAUUACUGAUAAAUCUGAGAAAGGUCCAAGCGUCAGAAUUGUUAAAAAGGAAUACGAGGAGCGUUAAUUUGCUGAUUAAAAGAAUUUUAUAAUUCUAAUUAAAUAGACUUCGCACUGGUUAUUCUGAAGCUACCUUGGUAUUAGUAGUUUUUGCGAAGGGAGGGCGCAGCAAAUAACGGCUUCCGGUGUUAUCACCAUGGAAAAGGUGCGCGUGCCUAAACUCUGCAAGUAAGUACGAAGGCGCUAUUCCGUGAAGACAGUUAUGGACUAAGACGCAUUUGAGAUAAUUUCUGUGUGCUUGUAGGUUGGGCCAGCCAAAUGUUGAUUUUAACUCCUCAGCCCCGAUAGAUCGACCUUCAAUAAUACAUGCGGCGCGUCUAUUUAGUUUGUCUAGAUAAGCUUUGUUCCCAACCCCACAGCUGUCCAGACAGGCGAACAAUAAUCAAACAAUGGCAAGACUAUAGUAUUGGAGAGCAUUUGACAAGUUGGCUUGGAAAGAACUUUACGUGCUCGACGCAGUUUACCUAAUCUAUGGUCCUUCCAAGAUAAGGUGUUGUUUAGGACCCCAAGAUAUUUAAACUUGUUAACUCUUUCUUAACGGGUGUUACCGAUUUCUAAUACUCCUCUGAUGAGUACCAACAAGCAUAAUCUUCAUUUUUUCAAGAUUAUGUAUUAGAAAAUUAGCUUGAAGCCAGCUUAGGACGUAAGUUAGGCCACUAGUUAACUGAGCUUGAAUUUCACUGACCGACUUGCUUGCAAAAUAGACAAGUGUACCGUCAGCAUAAAGCUCGACGCUACAACCUUGAACCGCCAGAGGUAAGUCAUUUAUGUAGACGAUAAAUAAUAAAGGGCCAAGUACGCUACCCUGGGGGCCCCGAAAGAUAUAGGCUGGGGCUCAGACACGACCCCAUUAGUGCAAACACUUUGGGUGCGCACAGCUAAGUAGGACCUAAACCAUUGGACAGCAGAGCGAUUCAUUCCUGGCGAAGUUAACUUAUCUAUAACAUGAUGCUAUGAUCUAAGGUGUCAAAGGUCUUGCUUAGGUCUAAAAAUAUAAGUCCAGUUAAUAGUCCUUUGUCAAUGUUUUCCAGCAAACUGUUUGUCACGUGUGAUGCACAGUCAAUGCGCUUGUCAUCCGUUUCACUCCAAGAUACCAGGUUAUUAGUUACGAAAAACAGUUCAGGGACGAUUUCACUCAACUUCACUUGAAGUCGUUUAUGCUUGAAUUAGAGGAUCCUAACGAACAAGUAAUCGCGUUCAAUACUCUUAUUUCGGACUGUUUAGAGUGACAUGUACCCUUAAAGGAUGUGAGCGUGACAAGACCACCUGCGCUCUGGUUGAAUGAUCCGAACAUUCGAAUGCUGCAGGAGGCAUGCAAGCGUUAUCGUAGGGAAGCACACAUACCCCCUCACAGUGAGGCUGCGUGGGACAUCUUCAAAGACGCCCGUAACAGUCUUAAGAAACUGAUUGGGAAAGCAAAGAGAAGGUUUAUGACCAAUGCACUCUCGUAUAAGCGGCACAAGGAAGUAUGGAAGACGAUCCAUCGCAUACUUCACCCUAGCCAGCAAACAAUAACUGUUUAUUCGGAUAAUAAGCACUUUACUUCUGCAGCUGAGCGUGUCGAUGCCUCAGUGGCAGUUGAUAGGGAGGAGUUGCAUAGGCGUAUUAAUGCGCUUGCGCAGGACCCUGAUACUUCCUUUCGUCUGAAGAGUGUUACCUAUCAUGAAGUUAUUGGGGAGAGCAAAGCGCUGCGGUCCGACUGCUCUAGUGGUCCGGAUAACAUUCCAACCAAAUUCAUCAAGCUAGUUUCAGACCAUUUAGCAUCGCCUUUAACGCAUAUCUUAAACACGUGCAUUUCGAAACUGGACUUUCCAACUCUUUGGAAGGUUGCACGCAUUAGUCCCAUUCCGAAGGUGGGCGAACCCCAGGCAAAUGACGAUUUUCGCCCUGUUUUCAUUUCGCCUGUGUUAUCAAAGGUUUAUGAAAGACUGUCUUGACGACAAAUGGUGGAUUUUCCCACGGAAACUGCGCGGCCUCAGCCAAAUGUAAGUGCAUACCGCAAAGGACACUCAACUACAACUACUUUGCUCGCAAUAAGAGAUGAUAUCCCCAAGGCAAUGAACAGAGGUGAGGUCACCAUUGCAAUUAUGGAAGACUUUUCUAAAGCUUUUGAUACAGUUGUGUGAGAGACAUUUCUGUGCAAAUUGCGUAAGCUAGGGUUUUCCAAGUCCUCUCUACAUUAGAUUCUGAGUUAUUUGACUGAUCGAACGCAGUACGUCCAAAUCGGUGAUCUCUGGUCGGAGCGCAUAAAUGUGUCUUGGGGUAUUCAACCUUUAUGUCAACGACUUGACUGACGUACACCCAACCGAAGUAAAUUGCCAUCAAUAUGCGAAAGAUAUAACGAUUUAUAGUCACUCUAAACCAUCUGAGCUUCUGUGGGUUGUCGGGCGGAGAUGCAGGCUGUCUACCUGGUCAUUCCGAUGUAACCUGGCGCUCCAUCCUAAGAAGACUAAAGUAAUGCCGCUUCUUUCAACUCCCCACGUGUCACAAACUCAUGGACUAGACGGACACUGCAUCCAUCUCUGCGCAAAUGGAAAGAGUCUCAAGCGAGUUUUAAUUUUCCGCCUACUUGGUGCGGAAGUGCAGGAAAACGUGAACUGGAAAAGAGAGAGAAACUCCAAGAUCUCAAGUUGUUACGGAACCUUGUCUGUACUGAAGAAGCUGAAAUACCUUGACCCGUAUAAUGAAAAAAAAAACAGAAAAUACUUGGCAGAGUGUCUUAUUUUGUCAAAUUAUAAUGACAUUGUCAGUGAUACUAUAGCAGAUUAUCUUGUUAAGAGACUUCAUCGAGUAUAGUUAGCGGCUGCUAAGCUGUCUACCUGGUCAUCCCGAUGUAACUAUGUGACUAGACGGACACUCCAUCAACCUCUGCGCAAAUGGAAAGGGUUUCGAGCGAGUUUCAACGUUCCGCUUAGCGGCUACUAGUUUUGUUUUAGGACGCUUCGCAACCAAGCUUGGUUUGCUUUAUUAAUUACGUUCAUACACUCCCGUAGCUCCCUCGAAAAACAUACCCGAUUCCACUGAGACCAAAAUGGGCAAAGUGUAUACCCAGUUUCAACCCAAAACGGCCCAAAAACCCUACGGCGUCCAGGAUCGAUCUUGUUAGCAAAAAUUUACUAGCAAAUUGUUUUCGCAAUUGUCGCAAAAGAAAUGAUUGAGCAGAAAAUUAUCUGAAAUAAUCACUUACAAAUAUCGCAAAAAUCGCAAGAAUAACAAAUGUAACAAAAUUUAAGACUUAGAAAGAGACCAAGCCAAGAAGGGCCCCGAAAAGUCGGCAAAUGCAAGAAAAAUUGGUUUAAAAAAUUUGUUUGGUUUUUUGUAGGCCCAUGUGGGUUAGUUUUGUCUAAUUCUAAAGUGGAUAAGGUGACUCCGCUGUUUUUUAUUAAAACAAUCAAUAAGGGCUGCAGAGUUCCUAGCUAGGAAAUGCGGUGCUCUUCCGAUUAAAUUGUAUUUAUUCGAGAGAGCGCUUUUUGAUUUUUCGACUUUAUUAGAGGGCGGGGCUCUUUCAAGAAACUUCGGUUUUCAGUUCAUAUGAGGGCCUUAUUUCACGUGUGGUUCAUCUGCAUUACAUUUGGAAACUUUUACGUUUGUGGUCAAUUAUCACAUUUCUGGCUUUAACGGCCUAACUAACCUUUUUACUGCUUUCGAGCGGGUACAUAUAAUUCUUUUUUAGGCGGCACCACCCGACUAUUACCUACCUAUUACCUAUUGUUUUAUUAUACAAUUUAUACAUGCUACGUAAUGGUAACAGGACUGAGUGGAGUCCAAUUCGGUCUGUAAUCAUACGAGUGAUUAACAAAAUCGGACGACCGCGUAGCGGGAGUCCGAUUUGUUUAAUCACGAGUAUGAUUACAGACCGAAUUGGACGACACAAAGUUCUGUUACCAAUUAAUCAUAACUUUAACAAAAUUUGUGAUAUAAUAGGCUAUUUUUUAAAUCAAAACACAAGAAAUUCGAAAUUUUGUUUUGCUAGCAGUGAAAAAAAAAAGCCAUUUAAGCGCGCGCGUGAUGGCGCGUACUGUCCAAUUACUUAGGCAUGACGCGUACUGUCCUAUUUAACUGUCCAAUUAAUAAUGGUAAUUGAACUAAGUGGAGUGCAAUUUGGUCUGAAAUCAUACGCGUGAUUUCAAAAUUGAACGAGCGCGCAGCGCGAGUUUGAUUUGAAAUCACAAGUAUGAUUUCAGACCAAAAUUGCACGACACGAAGUUCAAUUACCACUUUAUUACAUCCACUUUGAAAUCGCAGAAUUUAGUCAGUACUAAUAUUUUAUUGAUCGAGUAGCCGGUUUGUUAAAAAGCCGAAACAAAAAGGCUUUUACAUCUCAUUUUGUAUUCGAAACAGAAAUGAUGCAAUAUAUAGAACAAAAAUGGUGCAAUUUAAAACAGAAAUGAUGCGAUUGAGAACAUGAAUGACGCGAUUUGGAACAGAUGCGAUUUAGCGCAAAAAAUGGUGCGAUUUAGGAAUAAAUCACACUGCUGAGAGCCAAUCAGAUUACACGGAUAGCCAGUGAUUUCAAAGUGGAUGUAAUAAAUAUUUUAAUUGUAUAUACAUUAUUAUUGUUAUUUCUUAUUUGAAAAUAAUUUUUAUUUUUGUGUCCCCAAUUAGUUGUGAAAACUAAAUACAUUGACACAUUAAUAAAGCUUUUACUUACUUACUUACUUACUUACUCAAAUAACCCUCGCUACAUUCGGCUGGUGCUACUUUUGUAACCGUGCGUUUGCCGAGGUAUAUCAAUUGUUCAUUAAGUUUUUUUGUUGUUGUAAGGUCGACAUUGCUCCAUACCAAAUGUUAGUUUUGUCCAGGACGUACGAAAGAUUGUCAUAUUCUUUGUUUAUAUUUAUUCUUUUUAUGUCUCUAAAUCCAAUCGUUUUUUGCAUCUGAUUGAAUAUGAGGACGGUCACUUACUAAAACAUGCAGAGAAAACAAAUCUUGCUUGAUUUCAUGCAGUGCCUCAAAAAUGUCAUUAUCUAAAUAUCUAUUUACUAGGAAGCGUGAAAACAAAGCCUACUUACUGAAUGUGGAGUCCAAACAAAUUCCUGUGUACUGUCAGAUGGAAGCUGCUGAGCUUGGAGCAUGCGGAGGAGGUGGAUGGACGCUGGUCAUGAAGAUCGAUGGCAAACAGGUAGCAGCAGCGGUGCAACAAUUUUAGUAUUCAUUGAUAAUAUAUUGCCCGCGUUCAUGAUUGGAUCCAAUUCCUCGACUAAUUCUUCAUAACCAACCUCCGCUUAUAUUACCAUAUUUGGAAGAUGUAGGAAAUAUACAUGAUCGAUUCUAUGGUAUAUUUAACAAUUAAUGAAUGCGGCUGAGUAUCUUAUGAAGAAUUAUGGAGAUCGAGGAGGAUGUUAUCCGUCGAGGCCGUAGGCCGAGGCGGAUAACACCCUCCGAGAUCUCCAUAAUUCUUCAUAAGAUACGAAAGCCGAAUUCAAUAAUUGUUUUAUUAUUCAUUCAAAAUAAUUCCUAGUUUAAAAACAAAGCUAAAACAUGCUUACCUCCAUCGAUCCAACGAUGUUAAGUUCACCUUCUAUAGUGCACGUUUAGGGUUUUCCGGUUCCGCAAAUGUUCUCCAAAUAGCCUGCGAGAUCUCCAUAAUUCUUCAUAUGAUACGAAAGCCGAAUUCAAUUAUUGUUUUAUUAUUCAUUCAAAAUAUAUCCUAGUUUAAAAACAUGGCUAAAACAUGCUUACCUCCGUCGAUCCAACGAUGUUAAGUUCAUCUUCGAUAGUGCACGUUUAGGUUUGUCCAGCUCCGCAAAUGUUCUCCAAAUAGCAGACGUCGCCCUUCGAGUUGUCUUCUUGCUGUUCUUGCCAUGUUUUUAGCUAUUUUUUCGCCUAGUUCUUACUCUUGAAACGAGUGAAAUGUCCACCAUUUUUCAAGUUCACAACCAAAACAAAUAAACCUCGUCCCCAGGUCUUCUCGGUUAACGGUGCAUUAGCCUGCAAGAACGCUGCAUUUUUGACGUCAGUUCCUCGCUAAACAGAAAAUUCUUCCAAAUUUGGUCAUCAGUAACUGGUUAUGGUGAAUUAAAAAUGUGCUUUUAGCCAAUCAGAAUCGGGGAAAUAUUUUGAAUGAAUAAUAAUGCCCAUUAUUAAAAACUGGCUCAUUGGAUAAUGCAAUUCUAGUGCUCUGAUUGGCUUAGCCAUCAUGGUAUAUGAGCCAUUAUACCAUGCUCUCCAAAUAUGGUAAAUGUACGCGUCUGCUCAAAAUUAAAAACAAACUGAAAAUCGGUUGUUUUUACAAAUAAAGUCGGGAGGAAUUCUCGAUACUGUUUUUGGGCGUUUUUGAUAAAACAAUUAUUCUACUCGCCCUUGUUGGAUAUGAGAUGAUUGUAGCCAUCUAGGCGCUACGCGCCUCUUUGGCUAAUCUACCAUUUCAUAUCCAACGCGCACUCGUGGAAUAAUUGUUAAAUGACUCAUCGAUCAACCUCGAGCAGUUUCCUUUAAACUACUUUUUUGCUAAAAUUGCGACCGAGAAUUGCUAGCAAAUCAGUUUUGCGACAGAUUGCAAUCCUGGACAUAAGUGAACAACGGAGCUAGUUUUAGAAAAGUAACUAAACAGCUGUUAAACAAUUAGCUGAAAGGAACGGAACAUACCGUCAGCUUUUGGCUGGGGGAACAGGUAUUGAAAUAUCAAAUAUGGAAAUUGCCAAUCCAUACUUGACCGCACGGUAUGGGAGUCUGUUGUGUAAACCAUUCCGGCUCAUGUUUAAAAUUUGAAAUUAGGUAAAUUUUAAGCUUUGGUAUGAAUGGGGCGGGAGUGAUAUCAAUCCAGUGCAAUCCUUGGGGCAAGUUUUUUUAAUAGCGCACGAACAAAACGUUUAUUUUCUGAAAGGUUGAUGGUUUAAGAUCAAUUGUUAGUUUUAUAAUGAAGUAGCUGAAUUUUUGUACAAAAAUUGAUUUUAUUUAAUUUCUACCCUUUUUGGCAUAUUUUCUACCAUACUAAUGUUGCGCAAAAGUAGGUGAUCCGAGAUAGCCCAUGAGGACAAUCUUGUGUGCCGCUCGCAGAAAUAUUACCGCGAAGCUUUCUUACAAGAAUAGGGCUUUACUGACAAACCAUGAGGCUAAUCUGGCUCGAUUUUGGCUGAGUUCCUUUUUAUUUGCGUUUUUAUGAAUCGAGACCGAGUUGAGGUCCAUAAAAACGCGAAAAAGAACCAGCCCAGUAUCCAGUCAUCUUGACCGAAGAUUUGGUAAAUCAAGGAUUUAUUACAUGGCCAAAAGGAAAUUGUUUUUCGCACAGACCACAGGAUUCGUUUCAUCUUGACGGGUCGUAAAACGGCUAGUCAUAUCAGUGAUGUAGCCUCUUCACACCGGCUCACUAGUACACCGAGAUGGCGGCCAUUGACCAUCAUCUCAGCGAAAUGUUUAGAGGAAUCUCGCCAUGUCACGUCAUUUACCUGGCUGGGGUAUUUAUUACAUUAUUUUAAUUCUUACCAGGCGUUUGAUUGUAUUCGCCUAGAUAUUCUCAAAACUACUUGGGGAGGGUGAGGAGGUUGGAUGUAGUUGACCCCCAGGGCCCAGAAGGCCAAAUUGGAUAGUCUUACAAACUUUUGGAGCAGAAUGUGACUGCUGUGAUGUCAUGUGAAAACAGUUUGUUAAUUGACGAUAUAUCAUUCUUUAUCUGUUUAGAAUACCUUUCAUUACAUUUCAAAAUUGUGGACCAACAGGAAGGACCAUAAUCCCUCUGCGGGAAAGACCCCGCUUGAUCAUCAAGAAACAAAAUUACCCACCUACUGGAGCACACCAUUCACUAAGAUCUGCCUCGCUAUGAAGAUCGGCCAUCAAGUUAAUUCGAUCGUCAUCAACAAACAAGCCAACUCCUUACACUCCCUGAUCUCUGACAGAUACUACCGUUCGACGUCACUGGGUCGUCACACCUGGAAGAAGCUGAUUGGCCAACAGGCAUCGCUGCAGAGAAAUUGUAACCGGGAAGGGUUCAAUUCUGGUUGGUGGCUCCGGUCGCACAGCAAAGCAAGAAUAGGUAUUGUAAGUAACGAACAAAACGACUGUAAUUCCCCUGACUCAAGAAUUGGGUUUGGUACUGGUGGUCUUUAUUAUACUGACAACACCUGUGGAAACGUGGCCUUCCAUCAACCAGACAAUGGUUACAGAAACAUUAAAGCGAUGUGCUACAUCCUGGUGCAAUGA